AGAUGGGGCAGCCCACACCAGGGCCUUUUUUGUUGCAGGGUGCCAAGGCGUUGGCUCUUUCCUUGCUGGCCAACACCUCUGUCACCUCGUUAGACCUGGGUGACAAUUGGCUGCUGGGAGAAGGAGCAGCUGCAAUUGCAGAAAUGCUGAAAGAAAACCACUCCAUUUCAGCUGUCAAUUUAUCUGACAACAAAAUGGGCAUUGAAGGAGCUAAGGCCAUUUCUGCUAUGCUUCUAGAAAAUACUACAGUUGUGGUCCUCCAGCUCUCUGGAAAUGAGUUUGAUGACCAUGCAGCCAAGUAUUUAGCAGAUGCCAUCACAGCAAACAGCAAAGUGGAAGUUCUGGAUCUGAGUUACGACAAGUUUGGUGAUAAAGCAGGUGAAGUUCUUGGAGUGGCAAUAGCAGAAAACAUCAGAUUAAAGGAACUGAAAAUCAGCUGGAACCAUUCCCACAGUGAGGGAGCAGUUGCCUUGGCCAAAGGCGUGGGGGCAAAUGUGUUCCUCAAGGUGCUGGAUGUUUCCUACAAUGGCUUUGGCAACAGUGGAGUAGUUGCCUUGGGAGAUGCUCUACAAGCCAACAACGUGCUGGAAGAGCUCAAUGUAAGCAAUAAUCAUAUUUUGGUGGAAGGAGCUCUGUGACUUGCAGUUGGCCUGAGAGAAAACAAGACUCCGAAGAUCCUUAAGAUGAUCAGAAAUCCCAUGCAGAACGAAGGAUGCUGUGAGGUCCUCAAAGCUCUACAGGCAAAUUCUGGCACUGGCAUGGAGAUCCUGGACCUGCCAGACAUUCCUGUGAGCAAAGAGUUGGCAGAGCUGUGUGAGGCUGUGCAAACACUUCUCCCAAAUCUUCUUCUCCGACGUGGUGGAAGCACAAAAUUGCAGAGGAAAAGUCUGUUGGCGGUCGGGCUUUGGCCUCAACCCAAAGUGUUGGGUAAUUCCCAUAACUCUGUGCCUUAAUGUGAGUCUCUUUGGGGCUGCUGCUUCUGCCUGAUGUCCCAGUACUGCUGAGCAAGCCAGUGACACAGGGACACCCCAGGGCAGCGCUGAAGGCAGGAGCUGUGGGAAUGUUGGCUGUCACUCUGUUGCUGUCACUCAGAAGUUUUCCUGUCUGCUCACUUUUGAAGUUUUCUGCUGUGUCCAUUCCUGAGUCUCUUCCAGCACGUGCAAGAGCUUCCACGUGGAUGAUGGCUCCUUUUUAAUCAUCAUCUUUGUGCACAGGGCUGAUGGAACACCACGUGCCAUGGUCUGCUGCAGGGGAGCCUGCACAGCUCAGGAGUGCAGUGUGUUCACACAGCAAGCAAAGUUUGUCCAGAGCUGUGCUGCGCACAGAUGCUUACUUUCUUCAGCUGUCCUGCAAACAGCCAGGCUUGCCUUUGCUGGACUGGCUGUCAGAUGCAGUGGUGACUCAUUUUCAGCUGCUUCCUUCCCCAGUUCCUUGGCCUUGUGAGGAGCUCAUACUCUCCAGGGUGAAGACCCCAUCCUAGGUCACAACUGGUGUUAUUUCCCGGAUGCACAACUCUUUCUUUUUUGAGUUUCACACUGGAUGGAUGCUAUAUGCUGCCAGGAAACAGGACGGGCACUCAGCAGUGAUUCAGCACUGGCAGCAGCACAGUGGCUUUAACCCUUUCCCUCUCCCUGCAACGUGUCUGCCAUCACCCAGCAGCAUCCUCUCUGCUGCUGGGGAGCGAAUAGCUCUAUGCAGUUACAUUUUGCAGAAAAAAAACCCUGUCCUAUAGACGUACAAAUUAUUUUACAUGUUAUGUAUCUAAUAAAUAACACCUGUGCCUGCGACUCCACUGUCCAAACCAUUCAGAGAGGUCUCUUGCAUGUUUUAAGCUCUGGAAAUAUUGGUUGUUGGCAUUAGUGAUAGUUUCUCCUUCAUUAUUUGGUAGGUUUUGUUUUGAUUAGGGUCUGCUUGCAGCCUUACUCCUCUCCACCUUCUUGCAGACCAGCAGCCUGGCUCCUUGCAGCACUCCUGAUCUGCUCUGAUUGUUUCUGGCAGGUGAGCCUUCAUGCUCCAGGCAGGCUCGUGGACCAGAUCCACGUGAAACAGCUCUGGUGCAAGUCAUGCUGGUGAUCACAUAAUGUUUAGCUACUAAUAAGCAUCAUUUGGGGCAGGGCUGGAACGGAGCAGCCUGCAGCACAACUCCGAGCUGCUCCACCAGCACUUUCACCUCUAUUGCAAUAUUCAGUCUGAUUUCCCCGUGCUGGGGAUGAGGGAAUGCACACACCUGGGGGUGUGCCAGUUUUCAACAUCCUGCCUUUUUUAGGCCCAGGGACUGAGGAUAUUCACUGCUGCUGGGGAUGAGCACAGUGCUUACCUCAUCCUCAGGCUGUGUGUGCAGGAGGAUGGGAGGCUCACGUGGGAUAAUGAGCGGAUUACUUGCAGCCAGCCCUGCAGCUCCUCUGUGCAGGCAGGGUGGCAGAUGGCUGAGAACCACAGGAUUGGAAAAGGCCCCAAAACUCAGUGCUGUACCACUCCCCAGUGCAGUGGGGAUGCUCACCCAUGCAGUAGCCCCAAGCAGAGCCUGGCCCACAACACGUGUGAGCUGCCCCAUGACCUCCAAAGCCGUGUCAGUUUUCCAGAACUCUUAUACCACUCUGACCUACAUACCUCACCCUGCAGCACUGCAAUUAGACUGAUCUCCACGCAAUCCAGCCGGGCUGAUUAGACCAAUUCCACGAGCCCCAGAAAAAUGCUGUUUCU